ACUGUCAAUAAUGUUGUCACGUGACUGGAAUGGCAACCUAGGGGGAACAAAAGAUGGAGUUGUGGAAUUUCGCACGAAUUAGUCUUCAUUUGUUGUGUUAUUGGUGACAAUAUGCGCUGCAUAUUUUAAUAUAAAUGUGUUGUGAACUAAAAUAUUGCUGUCAACAUUUAUUCAUGAUCUUCAGAGCUUUGUGAACGAUGUAAAACCUCCUGCUUUAUUAUUGUCGAUUCCAAAAUGGCUGCCCGAAAUGUCAAAUCUAUGCCUUCGUUUGAUCCCCAAGAUAAAAUGCAAUCAAAUACGCUGAAGCGCCAGCCCAGUCCAGACUGGAGUAAAAAUGAUCUCUUGCGGCUGUUGAGUUACUUUGAAGGCGAGCUGCAGGCACGAGAUAUAGUUAUAGCUGCACUCAAGGCUGAAAAAGCUAAGCAACUGUUAUACCAAGCCAAAUAUGGACGCUUUGGUUUGGGAGAUCCUUUUAUGGCACUACAGCGUGAUGCAGUUGGAACAAAAGAUUCCAACUUUGAUGAGGCUGCAGUCAAAGCCAUGUAUGAUAAUCAGCUAGCGCAGCUGGAGAAUUUGAUAGCCACCCAGCGCAAAGCCCAGCUGAAAAUGCGUGAGCAGCUCACAAAUGCUGAAAAACGUUAUCACAAGGUAUGCUCGGAGCUUGAAGAAGAGAAAAGAAAACAUGCACAAGACACUGCACAAGGUGAUGAUGUUACUUACAUGCUGGAGAAGGAGCGGGAGAGACUGAGACAGGAGAUUGACUUUGAAAAGAGUAGCUCAAAAAAAAUGGAAAAGGACUUGAGGCGAACCUUGGCAGCAUUGGAAGAGGAAAGAGCAUCUGCAGCGAGACAUAAGCAAGUUGCCCUGCUUCUUCUGAAGGAGCGCAAACAAAUAUUACAGAGAAUAGCUUCUGAAUAUCAGCAGCGUGGACAGGCUGAGACAUUGUUGAGUGAAGAUCAGCUGCAUGCUGAAGAUGUGGCUGAAGGGCUGGAAGCAGAAUCUCGUCACUCACUGGCAAUGGAGGCAGCGCUUGAACAGCAGCUAGGCGAAUUUGAGGCUGAGCGAGCAGCUCUGAGAGAAGGUCUCAAUCAGGAGCAGGCUCGUACACGGGAACUAGAGGCUCAAGUUGAAGCCCUGCAGAAGCAAGUGCAGAUAUUAGCAGCCCGCACGUCUUUAGAGUCCAUUGAGAUUAAAUCCAGCGUGUCUCCUCAGGCCAGCACAGCACACUCCUCGACUCCUCCCACCUCUUUGGUUCAUCCAUCUGGCAUGUCCACAGGAUUAGGCCCCGUUGCUUAUAGUCCCACAUCAAGCCCAACUGGUGUGCGGGCAGGAUCUGGCAUGGGAGCCAUUGGCUCCUCUUUGGCCCCAGGCCCUUCACGGUCAGCAGUCUCAAUGGUUGGAGGUGGGACAUCAGCACCACUAGUUUGGCAAGUGCAUAAAGUGAACAAGGUUUUAGAAGGAGGUCGCAUAGGCUCCAGUUCUCCAGAGCGUGAAGUAAUUUAUCGUCCUUUGGAUUCUCCCUCAACUCGUAAAAUACAAUAUGGAGGGGGAGCAGCUGGUAGCUAUUCAUCUCCAAGCCUAGACAGACAGGGGACAGCACCAUUGUCAGGCAGCCCUCGUGGGGAAGCAAGAGUUAUGACUGUGGGAAGCUCUGGGCCAGAAUCUGCACCAGUGUUGGUUGGGGGAGGAGGCCUGAGCAGUCCUGGAGCGCGCGUCAACAUUACCCCAGGCAACAGCGCCACAGUUGUCACUCAGGGCGGAGGCAAGAUCUCGUUCCAUGUAUCACCUGGAUCUGGAGGGAGUAGCAUCAUCAGUGCAGGUGCAGGUGGAGUUGGUGGCGGUGGUGCUGGAUCACCUCGCCGGACAGCAAUAGCAGUAGCAGCCUCUGCCGGCAGAGGUGUGCCACCACCAGUUCCCCCAAACAAACCGAACAUUGUAUCUAUUAGCCCAGGCGCAACCAAGCCAUCGCCACCUCCAAAGGUGGGUUUGAUGGGUCGUGGAGGAACUGAGAGCUCAAGUCUUCAUAGCAAGACAGUUCAGAUUCCUGUCAACGUUGUUGCUUCUGCUUCAUCUGUUUCUUCUAGUCCCAGCAGCAGUUCUCAAUCACCACGAGAAAGCUCACCCAUUCGGAAAACUGCACAGCCCUCCCAAUCUUUUGAACUGGAUACACCAGCUGUCUCCUCUAACAUCAUGCAGGCCAACCCAGCAACUUCGCUGGAGUUUCUAGGGCCAGAAAUGGCCAACCUCCAAGCCAUGCUAGCAUCACUGUCCGCAGCGAUUGAUGGCGGACCUGCGAUACCCAGAUCGCAGGCGGGUGCAGCUUUCCAACAGGCCAACGCUAGUCUAGCCACUAUCCCACGUCACGCUGCUAGUGAGCGGAGAUAGGUCCAGAAGUGGUCCUCAGGUAUUAAGCAUGGUGAAGCCUGAUGCUGCUGUGAUCCGGGAUUUGUUGAGAGCUGCUGGUGAUGAUGUAGAAAAUAGAACUGCAGCGCACUGUUCUGUAAUGCUAUGUGUACCUUCCCUGUCCUUUUUUUUUUUUUUAAUGUGAAGACCCUGUGCAGCCUGGUGGUGUCACAUGACCUGUGCCUAAAACUGCAUAUGCUAAUAUUCCCUAAACAGAUGCUUUUCUUAUGCAGAGCACCUCUUUAUCUUGCUUACUGACUAGUAACUGCUGAUAUAUAAAUAGAGUAGUUGUAAUUUUGGUUAGCAGUCUUUUUGCAGGUUGCUUAUAUAAAGAAAAGUGUAUGUAUGUGUGUGAAUAUGUUCUGAUUAUUGGUGCAGAUGUGUCUUUAAUGUGUAUAUGGGAAGGGAGGCAGAAUGGGGGCUAAUGCCAUUUUAAUAAAUAUGUAAUCAUUAUUGGUGUGAAUAUAUUACUAGUAUGUUUCUGUGUGCAUGCAUGUGUGAGAGAGAGUGGAAUGAAUGCAUUUUAAGUAUGUGUUUGCUAGCGGCAUGAAUGUAUUAUGCAUGGGUAUUAGUGUGAGAUGAAUGCUUCCGUUUUAUUAUAUAUUUGUAUGAAUGUUUUGUUAGUGUACAUGAGUGGUGUGUGUUUUAAUUUAAAUGUAUAGUGGUUAUUGGUGAGAGUAUUACCAGUAUGUUUGUGCACGCACACAUGUGCAUUAAGUUACCAGCUCAUAAGAAAAGCAUUGUUUAUAUCCACAAAAAGCAAAUUUAAUUCAGUUUGGAAUUCUUCUCCUGUAUCCAGUGUGUAGACAGGUUUUUUUUUUUUUUUUUUUUUUUUUUGGCAGUGAGGAAAUUAUAAUUGUCAUGCAAGUGUAAUGGUACAUGUACUUACAGGAAUAAGAGUAAUUGUACUUAAUAUUCAUACACCUGCCUUGACUUACUCAGUGGUUUUUGUGUACACUUACCUGCUUGACUGACCACGCAGCUCAGUAGAAAUUUAGUUAUUUCAAGAGGUAUUCCACUGAAAAUUUUUAGCAAGAAGCUGUCAUUAGUGUCUUCGGAACUCUUCAUUUUAGAUGCACUGUUACUGUGAUCAUUGUAAACACAUCUUUUAUAUGUACAUGCAUGUGAACAAAUACUUAACACCUACAACAGAUAGAUCAUCUUUCCAUCAUACUAUUUUCAAAUCUUUACUUUACCUUUUUCCUUUUUUAUUCUCUUUUUCAUAAAUACCAUAGCAAAUAGUACAUUCACAAAAACUAUCCAGUUUAUAAAGUGUCUAAUUGUCCCAGUGACAUUUUAAACUGAAUUUUCACUGCCAUGAGCACACACAUGCACACAAAUAUUUAAUGUCUAGAUGAAUAACACAGUGUUGUGAGUCUGCAUGAGUAUUAGUUUAGGGUUCAGAAAAGACUUGGUACAGCAAAAGCUGCAGUGCUCAAUAUCACUUCCUAUUUCCACAAGAUAAAUCCACUAGUUAUUAAAUGUUCGUAAACACUUCACCACAAGUUGAUAUCUGUAGCAUUGGCAAAGGAAAGGUUGCAAAGGGAAUUCAUUAAUGAUAAAAACCAUAAUAAUCAUUACCGAUACAUGCUAAAAAAGGAGACCUUACAAAAGAUCUUGGAAACUUCAGAUAAAAACUGUCUUCAGUAGCUCCUGAUUAUCAACACCCAAAAACUUGUGUAGUGUCUACACAGUCUUGUGUAUUGUCCGCACAGUCAUCUUCUGGGUGAAUGUGUUUAGCACAGCUAGUGAAUUGUUACAAUCUGUAACAUUGUGCAAGCAGUCCUUAAAAGCUACCUUCUCUCUUCCUUUCCCAAUUUGUUUUUUGUUGCUUUUUUUUUUGUCUUGGGCAAUUGAAAAUUGUGUUGGCAUCAUUUUAAUGUAAUGGUUUACUGUGGAUUGUUAUUUAGCUUUAACAUUGGUUGAUAUUUAUUUCAUUGAGAAUUCAAGGGAAAUUGAGUCCCUCCCGGUAAAUUUAUUGUAUGCAAAUUUUACACAUCGCCUCUGCUAAAUUUGUGUCUAUUGUAUAAGAUUCUAAGAUGCAGGAAAGAUCUAUUUCAAACUGUCAACACUGGGUGAGACAGUGGUUUAAUAAUGUACCAGUUAGCAUCAGUCAUAUUUUCAUGCAACAAGCCAUCCACAAAAUUGCCUUUUAGCACUACUACUCUCUAUGGCUAUAAAAAUACAUAGUGAUAAAUAAUGAUGUCUUUUUCUUGGACAACAACAAAUAUUUUUCUUCCUCAGUUUCAAAGUUAAAUAAGGCAGUUUGGUGGUGGAAAAUAAAUGACAAACUAAAGCAUUAACUGGAAUUUAAAACAAGAGCUUUCAAUAUAUUCUGGCUAGAGUUGAGACAGUAGGGACCAGAUUCUUUUGCAUGUGGUCUGUCAAGACAGGUUCUCUUCUGCAUGAUUAGAUUAUGUCAUAAUAGAUGCUUUUGAAUGCUAAGCUUGAAUACUAUAACACCUUUUAGUACGCUUCUUUGGCGUGAAGUGUUUCAAACUAAAACAACUUUAAUGGGUUUUUCCCACCAUAGUUUUAUCAUGGUUGCGCGCACGUUGUGUGCACUGAUCUGCCUUGUGUUUGGUUUUCUCAGAAAUCUCAUUUCAUUGUGGAUUAGUAAAAAAUGUUUUGCAUGAUUUUUAGGUUCAUAUUUGCAUAUUGCAGGCUUUUGGUUUCAUAUUCCCCAACCUCACUGAUGAAACCACUUUCAAGGCCACAUGAAGAAAUUAAUGAAAAUAAGAGUGGUAGCAUGCAAACACAAACAAUGCAUCUGUACUUUAGAGAGAAAGAUUGUUUUUAGUCAUGUGCCAUGCUUUGCUGAAUCAGAUUUUCCCAGUCUAAAGAAAACAAAGUUGUCUUUCGUUGUGAUCUUUGUUUAGCAAAUAGAACUUUGACAAGUCAAAGGCAUAGGUGUAGUCUGUGGUAAGUGAAGUUCAACUGAGUUGUAUUUCAAUGCCAAUUUUCAGUCUGACAAAACUGAGUAGUCAGAAGACAUGUAACCUGAUAGUGACUUCUUUUUUUUUUUUUUUUUAAUUGUAGCUGGAAAAAAAAAAUUCAGAUCUCUGCAAAUGCUUACAUGUGCACGCAAGUGAACAAGCACAAACCAAUCAACAUUUUCAAGGAAUUAUUAUGUCCCAUAAUCCCCUAAAAACACGUUCACUUGAAAAAAAUUUGAGCUUAGCCUAAACUAGCAAAAGCCAUUAAUGUUUGCUCUUUUAAGUACUUUUUGAUGGGGUCACAUUGUGACACUUGUGUGAAAGCUCAAAGACAAGUCAAAAGGAGCUUGUAAAUGUAUUAAGAGAAUAUACUUUCAUAAAUACAUCUGGUUAUGGACAGAAUUAUUAGAAAGUCUGAGUUUAUUUUUCUUGUUCAGUAAAUCAUGAAUGUGUACAUGCACUACACAUCAGGACCACACAUCACUAUAUACUUUACAUACACUACAAGU